GUUCACACCGUAAAAAGACAAAACUAUUCUUUCCUAAAUUUUGAGAUAGUGCCUGCCUACCCCACUCAUAGAGGAUAUUGCUUUAAUGCUGCAUGUUGUGCAAAAAUAAAAAGGAUGGCAGUGGCCUUCGCUAGUAAGGAAGAUGAUAUCUACACGUUACAGCCUUUCCUAUGUUGAAGGAGGAUGAUCAGUCACGUGGGUAGUGUUAGUUUAUAUGGAUAAAUCUAACGCUUCCGUUAUGUAACAAACGUUAGAUUCAAACACUACUGAACAGGAUUUCAAGUAAGUUGGUUGAAGGGAAGGCAUAUUGAAGGGGAAAGGCCAGUUUAUCAAUGCACGGCUUCAGUCAGGUUGAAAGUAACAAAAACUCUCAUCGCACACAAUAGUAAAGGCUUAUGUACAAUUUUGUUGUAUUCAUCUUAAAAGAGGAAAGCCUUAAUCAUUAAAACAAAACCAGUGUAAUCUACUUAAAUUUGACUUAUUCGUUUAUUGUGUAGAAUUAAUGUUUAGCAAUAACUGAAAAAGCAAGAAUGUGAAUAUAAUCAUUUUUCUUAAACGUUCUUUUUAUUACUUCCUUUAUAAACUCAUUUGACACGUUAUUAUAAAAAUGAAAAGAGAAAUUUAAUAAACUAUCUCCCAGAAGCUCAUUUGAAAAGUUUUUUUUUACGUUAGAAAAAUAGUAGCCUAAUUAACAAGAAUAUUUCAAUACUACUACAGAUGAGUGCUAGAGAGCUAGUGUUUAUUUAAUUAAACAUAUUUAAUGACUUUCUUUUAACUAUCAGCUAUUAAACGCGUACAUAUACUAAAACAAUAUUUUGAGUAGUAUUCAUUAAGGUUUGAAUAACAGGACUCGGUUCCGUUUUGUAUGUAUAUGGAAUAUUAUAACCAAUAGUGAAAAUUAUGUGUUAAUAUGGGAAGGAAUAAUGUUUAAUGUUCACUCAUUUUUUUUCAGCCUUCACCACCUCCUCUCCUCCUCCUAAAGAACUACACGUCAUUUUGAUGACUUAUGCGCGAGGAGGAUCCUCGUUCUUGGGUGACUUACUUCAAAGCCACCCCAGUGUUUUCUACCUUUUCGAGCCUCUUCAUUACUUUGGAAGUGAAAUAGUUUUACCACAAAUACCGACGUCAAGACAGUUUCUUUCAGAUAUCUUUCGAUGUAAUUUCAAGAACUGGGACUCCUUUAUGAUUUGGGCCAAACAAAAUGUAGAAUACAAAAACCUUCAAAGAAAUAACAGGUUCUGGACCGCUUGCUCGCUUGGUAAAAACCAAAAAAAAUGUUAUGACGUCCAUUUCAUCACUUCAUUCUGCCAAAGAUAUUUGAUCAAAGUCGUUAAAGCGAUCAGAUUUUCCUUAAACCAAGUGGAAGAGAUAUUAGAAAAGAACAAGGACUUGAACUUGAAAAUAAUCCAUAUGAUACGCGACCCUCGAGGAAUUAUGAAGUCGCGAUUAAUGGAGAAAGCAGUUAUUGUUUGGUGUCAAAAGAGUUUAUGUUCUGAUUCCAGAUCCUUGUGCACUCAAAUCACCGAUGAUCUUACUUAUGCAUGUGAAAUAAAGGCAAAGUUUCCCGGAAAAUACAAACUUUUGAGAUAUGAGGACCUUGCCCAAAAACCCCUAGAAACUGCCCGAGAUAUAUUUCAAUUUUUAGGAGAAAAGUCUCUUCCCGAAGAAGUUACAAAGUUUUUGGCAUCGCACACUAAAGUAACGAAGUUUCCAGUAACCAAGGAAAAAUUACUUUGGGAAUACACGACAUUCCGGAACUCCUCUGCUACUGCAGUUUCAUGGGUAAAAGAACUUCCAUUUGACUCCAUUUUAAAAAUCCAAUCUAACUGUAAGGAUGUAUUUAAUCGGAUGAGUUACAUCAACCUAAACACUUUCUCUCAGAUCAAUUACACAAUACCUUUCAAAGAAACUUUCGAUGAAAACAAUGUUUGUUGAGGAAAUGAUUUUCAGAAGACAACCAGUGACAACUGAUUUGAAACGAGCAAAAAUACGAAACCCUUUAACCCGGGCUCUUUCGAAAGGAAGGGCCGGCAUGGCCAGGUGGUUAGGGCACUCGACUCGCAAUCUGCGGGUUGCGGG